AUGUCGUAUGAGACAAGAUGGAACGAUCAGCGAGGGAAACGGCCGGUCCGUAUCGCAAAUUGCUCUGGCUAUAAAGCGGACCCCGGCUAUCACAUGAAACUUCAAGCAGAGCUCGGAGACGUCGACUUUAUCACUGGAGACUAUCUCGCUGAAGUCAAUAUCGCAGAAAACGCUGAAGCCUUCACCGCCGGAUCUCACCCUGGCUAUGAGCAGACAGCAUGGGAUGGUCUUGAGCAGACCAUCGACAUCCUAGCUAAGAAGAGGACUAAGGUCAUCAUCAACGGAGGAGCUCAGAAUCCAAAGGGGCUGGCGGAGCGGACCCAUGAGCUCGUCACAAAGAAGGGACAUUCGCUUACUGUUGCUUAUGUAGAAGACGACAACUUUCUCUCGGUUAUGAAAGAUAUCAGAAAGAAUGGCCUUCCUCCCCAUUUGGACUCGGUCAACUCAGAGAUCAACUUUCCGAGAGACACUCUCAAUCUUCUGGAAGACGAAUCAAGGCCCGUAGUGUCGGCCAAUGCGUACUUAGGGGCGAGAGAGAUUGUGAAAGGGUUGGAGCUGGGUGCUGAUAUAAUCAUUUGUGGAAGAGUAGCUGAUGCGUCUCCAGUUAUUGGAGCGGCAUGGUACUGGUACUCGUGGUCAGAAACUGACUAUGACCGGCUUGCCGGAGCACUCAUUGCGGGCCACUUGAUCGAAUGCAGCGCGUACGUGACUGGCUCCAACUUCGCCGGAUUCUACGAGUACGACCUGGAUAGCUUAUACGACCUCGUGUUUGGCAUUGCGGAGGUUGAGAAGGAUGGCAGCUGCAUCAUCACCAAACACGAAAACGGAAAAGGAAUGGUGACGGAAGACACUGUGAAGUGCCAAUUCUUGUACGAACUGCAGGGGAAUAUCUACUUAAACAGCGACGUCAAGGGUAUUCUCGACGAGGUAAAAGUCGAGCAGGUGGGGAAGAACAGAGUCCGACUAUCAGGCAUCCGCGGCGCGCCACCCCCUCCAACAACCAAACUCGCCAUCUUCUACCGCGCCGGCUACCAGAGCGAGCUCCUCCUCAACGCGACCGGCUACGCCACGAAGGAGAAAUGGGAUCUCUACGAGCGAAUGCUCCGCUUCGGGCUGAAACGACGAGGCAUCCUCGACAAAUUCGACAUUCUAGAAGUCGGCAUCCCCGCCCCCAACGCCCCGAGCCAACUCGCCUCAACAACCUACCUCCGCAUCUUCGCCGAAGCCUCCUCCCCGGCCACCAACCUCGGCCUCGCCGCCACAAUGUCCGAAUUCAGCAUGCAGCACUUCUCCGGCUUCCACUGCACCAGCGACCAGCGGCUCGCGCUCCCCAAACCCUACCUCUCCUUCUACCCCGCCCUCUACCCACAGCGCUCCCUAAAAACCUCCGUCACGCUCCUCCGGUCCCCGAACAAUAAGCGGAUGACCUACCCGACGACAGCCCCGCCGAAGACCGAGCCUCUCGCGCCGCGGGAGACGUACGACUGUCGUGAGCCGAGCUCGCUGAGUGCCUUUGGCCCAACGCGUGCCGUGCGGUUGGGCGACAUCGCCCUCGCCCGCUCGGGUGAUAAAGGCGCGAAUCUCAACAUCGGCGUCUUCCUGCCUACCGCUCUGCCCUCUUCCUUACCAGCCUCCGCCCGCCCCGACGCGUGGUCGUGGCUGCGUUCGUUCCUCUCUGUUUCGAAAAUGAAGGAGUUGCUUGGCGAAGAUUGGCGGGAGGCGUACUAUAUCGAGCGGGUCGAGUUCGCGGGGAUUUGCGCAGUGCACUUUGUUGUUUAUGGGAUUCUGGGGAAGGGGGUGAGUGGGAGUGCCAGGCUGGAUGGGUUGGGGAAGGGGGUGGCGGAUUGGAUUCGCGAUCGCGUGGUUGAGGUGCCGGUGAGGUUUCUGGAGGUGAGGGGCAGCGGGGAAACGCCAGAGAGGCCGAGGCUGUAG